AUGCCUGCUCAGCCAAGGACAGAGCGCAGCCCCCUCCUACCGACUGCGUGUGAGGACGCCGGGCCGGUCGAGCCAAGGACAGGCACGAGUGCUGCGGCGUCCAAGGGAGGUCGCCUUGGUCCUGCGCAACGUCUUGCCAUUGCUAUACCGUUCAUCGCCUUGCUCCUCGCCGUCGAAGUGGCCGCCUCCUUUUUUACCACUUCCGUGAACCAGAUUCAGGAAGGCAUCAUCUGUCGCCAGCGAUUCCCCAACGUCACAGACCCCGUGCGAGACCCUCUCUGCAAGCAUCGAGACGUUCAGUCCGAACUCUCCAUCAUCCAGGGAUGGGAAGCAACCUUUGGAUUGAUUCCCGGCAUUCUCACCGGCGUCCCGUACGGCGUGGCUGCUGAUCGAUAUGGCCGUCGAAUCGUCCUCGCCUUGUCCCUGCUCGGCCUCGCCAUGUCCCAAUUGACCGAUGUGGUGAUGUGCUGGUUCCCCGACAUCUUCCCGCUUCGGCUGGUAUGGGCCGCUGCCAUAUGGACCUUGGUCGGCGGCGGGCCAUUCGUUUUUAGUGCCAUGAUGCUCACCAUCGUCAACGAUGUGUCGACAGAUGCCCAGCGAUCAACCGCCUUUUUCUAUAUUUCUGCCUUGAUGAUAGGGGGCCAGCUACUCUCCGGCCCCAUCACCUAUGCCGCCAUGACCCAUGGUGGCCCCUGGGUCUCCGCUCUUCUCGGUUUCGGAUGUCUGCUCUCGAGCAGUGUAGUUGCUCUCGGCUUUCCAGAUACCCGUCCAUAUUCUGUUGAUGAGCCUGCACGGAACGAAACCGACCAUGUUCAUGACGGUGACGACCGAAACCCUGCUCUUGCCCCUUGGUGGUCACGGGCACGCCAGGCACGCCAACGGGUCAUCGCAUCCGCACGAUCCUUAUUCUUCGACAAUCCCGUACUGGGGUGCCUUGUAUUCAGCUUGAUUUUCACGACGCUUGGAAAAUACGCCAACCUUGUGCUCAUGCAGUACACGACGAAGCGUUUUGGCUGGUCCUGGUCCGAGUCGGCAUUUUUGUCGUCCAUUUCGGCGUCUGUAAACCUCACCAUGGUCGCCGUCCUCCUUCCACUUAUCGGCCAGUUCCUGCUGUUCAACUUCGGGCUCAGUCCCUUGGCCAAGGACCUGUGGCUCGUUCGAGCUGGCAUCAUUCUCUUGGUUGCUGGAGCGUUUGGCGUCGGUUUUGCUCGCACCUCCCCCAUGCUCGUCACCAGUCUGAUCAUCUAUUCCCUCGGCUACGGUUACAGCCCCGCCAUGCGCAGUCUCUUGGCCCUGGUGGCAGGUGAUGCUCACAUCGGCGUACUGUUUACUGCCAUGAGCGUUCUGGAAUCCACCGGAACGCUGAUUGCUGUGCCGCUCAUGGCAGCAACCUUUAGAAUCGGUCUACGCUGGGGUGAAUCGUGGACCGGACUACCAUUUAUAGCCGCGGGCUGUCUCUUGUCGUGCGCAGCCAUCAUUGUCUUUGCCGUCAGGCUGUAA